AUGGACGACAAAAGCAGGCUUUUCGGCGAACCCCAGGCAGAAGGGCCGCCACCGCCAUCAUUUCUGGAGGCAACCACGUCGGCAGGCCCUUCCGGGGGUGCAUCUUCAUUCCAGACGCGGUUCGCGUGCGUGACCCUUAAUAUGACCGAUCGUAUGCGCUUUAUCAACUUCAGUGCACAUGAGACUAGCGCUCUCAGGGGCGUACUGGGGUCGGUGUGGCCAAUCCAGGACGUGCGGGCGUACGGCGGUGCCGACGAGAUCAAGUUCAAGGGCUUUCCGUGGCAGGAGAAAAUGAACGGCGACGACAUGGCGCGGCGGCUCAUCAGGAGGUUGCUCGAGGCGCUGUACGAUAUGGGAUGGGUGUUGCAGGCGGCCGUGGACGUCUCGAAGAAGGAGAUGGACAAAGACUCCCUGAUCUUCCGAUAUCAGAAUCCGCCCCCACCGCCUUGUGACUGGCUGAGCAUCUCGUUCGAUUGGACCGACAAGAUGAAGAUCGUGGACGCGCCGCCGGGAGACCUGACUGAAGCCAUCAUCGCUGAGUUCCGAUCAAACUACAGGCUCAAGAGUCACGAGCUCGAGAGCGACCGGCUGAAGCUCAAGUUUCACGGGCAGCCCUGGCAAGCUACUGGAGAGGAAACGGUCAGGACGAGGAUGCUGUUGCUGAGCUUGCUCGGGAUUCUCGAGAGGUUCGGGUACAGCCUGUACGCCAGCAUCGAUCAGGUGAGUAGCAACGGCCUCGAGGCAGACGUGUUGGUUGUGACGAGGCAGAAGGGGUGGAAGCCUGGGAUGCCGAUAUGGCACCGCUGA